AUGGGGAAAAGUGAAGGGGGAUGUGAUCCCUUUGCUCAGACUCAGAGGAGCAAACUGCAAAACCGCCGAGCCCGGAUUAACCUGCAGAUUAAUAAGGAGAUGCUAAUGCGAGCUGGAGCUGAAAAUCUAUUUCGAGCUACGACCAACAACAAAGUGAAGGAGACUGUGGCUUUGGAACUGAGUUUUGUGAACUCUAACUUGCAGCUGCUGAAGGAGGAACUUGAGGAACUGAACAGCUCAGUGGAAGUAUAUCAGAACGAGAAUGAGUCUGUUAGUGUUCCCAUGAUUCCUCUUGGUCUGAAGGAGACAAAAGACGUUGAACUGACGAUGCCUUUGAAGGAUCUUAUUGAAGAGCACUACAAUGAGCCAGCAUGCAGGUACGAAAAGGAACUAAAAGAACUUGCAGACCUCCGGCAGGCAAUGCGAACUCCAACGAGGAAUGAUGCUGGAAUUGAGCUUCUGAUGGAAUACUACAACCAGCUUUACUUCAUUGAUAACCGAUUUUUCCCACCCAAUAAAAAUAUGGGCAUUUUUUUCCAUUGGUAUGACUCUUUGACUGGUGUUCCUUCGUAUCAACGGGCUCUGGCUUUUGAAAAGGGAAGUGUACUCUUCAAUAUCGGUGCACUAUAUACUCAGAUUGGUGCCAGGCAGGAGCGAACCACUAAGGAAGGCAUUGAUCAGGCUAUUGAUGCUUUCCAAAAGGCUGCAGGUGCUUUGAACUACUUGAAAGAAAACUUCUCCAAUGCACCAAGCCUUGAUAUGAGCACACCGUCCCUGAACAUGUUAGUGCGUCUGAUGAUUGCACAGGUACAGGAAUGUGUCUUUGAAAAUGUCAUGCUGGCAGGAGUUAAGGACGAGUUCUUGAUGCAAUUGCAGAGCGCACAGGAGGCUGCCAGGGUGGCUGAUGUUUAUUCCUUGGUCUAUCAGACAAUGACACAACCCCCAGUGAAAAACUAUGUUCCAUUCUCUUGGACAACUAUGGUCCAGGUCAAAUCUGAGUACUUCAAAGCAGUUUCACACUAUGUUGCUGCUGUUGCACUGUGUGACCAUACAAUGGGUCCUGACGCUGACGAAAGUGAACAUGUAAAGGCCCUACAGCAACUUCAUGUAACAAUGCCAGAGGGUCCCUCGUUAAUCACAGUACUGAAGGAUAAUGAGGAACGACGCAAAUUAGGCAAGGCUCAUUUAAAGAAAGCAAUAAUUAAGCAUGAAGAAGCGAUGAGGAUUCACAGCUUGUGUCGGAUCCUGCGCAAGAUGGAUAUCCUGCAGGAGGUGCUCGCUGUUGCCCACAAACGAUCAUUGAAGAAGUACUCUGAGAUUGAUCGUGAAGAUGACUUUUUUGAAACAGUUGAAGCUCCAGACAUUCAUCCAAAAACACAGCAGAAACCAGAAAUUAAAACUCCAAACUUUUCCAAAGUGAAAGUCACAGAUAUUUUUCACAGAUUGGGCCCUUUGUCGGUUUUCUCCGCUAAGAACCGAUGGAGCUCCGUCAGAGACGUUGAUCUUGAGAAAAGUGAGAAAGGAUUUGGAUUCACACUGCGUGGUGAUUCUCCUGUCCUUAUUGCAGGAGUAGUCCCUGAUGGCUCUGCAGAUAAAGCCGGUCUCGGAGAAGGAGAAUAUAUUGUGUCCGUGAAUGAACAGGAUUGCAAGUGGUCCAAGCAUUCAGAAGUAGUUCAGCUACUGAAAAUUGUCAGCACAGAAAGCAUCAAGAUUGGGGUGAUAACACUAAAUACUACUGAACAUCAGAAUAAUGCUGACAGGAAAUCACUUCUUGGUACAAUGUCCUCGGCAAGCAUCUUCUCCGGGAGUGAUAAAGAGAACAGCAGGAAAAUUGCUGAUUCUAGUAAGGGUUCAGGUUUGCUGACAACCUGGAACAAGAGGAAAAAUACAAACAAGGAUGGCAGCACUCACAGCGUACCAUUCAGUGCCGUGACAGAUGAUGGAUCAUUUUACUGAAGAGUAUUAUCAGUUCUGUCUAUGGAAAAUAUUCAUCAGUUUCACAAACAUAGCCAUCACAAGUCUGAGUACAGAGCAGUGGUAUAGAAGUUCAUUUCACUCAGAACCUUGUCAAUUAUGCACACUAGAAUUUAAAACCCUGUGGAUACUUUUAUUCAAAGCCUCAUUUGUGGAAACCACAGGUGGUGUGAUAGAAAAACAGUGUCAAGGUAAAGUGCGGUGCAAAAAUGGACUUGGUUUCAGUAUCAUUCACUGAUACCAGUGAGGUGAAAUGGAAGAGUUCUCCAUGCCUGAUUUGCUACAGGCUUCCACUGAAAACACUGACAGAACAGGGACACUGGUACGGAAAUACAUCCUUUGUCCAUUAUGUCCAUGACAUUGCCUUUCUCAAGGUGCAUCUCUGGGUUUGUUUUUCAUUCACUCUAUGAGAAUUUACAAAGCAUUUGUGGUUAAUAAUUAAUGAAUGACUAUUCUGAACCUGCUGCUUCAGGAUGAGAUACUCUUCGUACCUGUCAUUGUGAUGGAUCUUUGGUUCAUUUCAAGCCAAUCAAGAGCAAAACUUUCCUUACAUUUGUAAUGAUUCAUUUUCACAAGUUGCUGAAGAUCUAACAAGCAAAUGAUCAAAAGACUAUAUUCUUUACAUUAAAAUAGUAUCAUUAACCUGUUUUAGUACUGGAUCCAACAUUGCAAAACCUCUCUCAUCCCCUACAUCCCUGCAUUACUUUCUGCCCCCAUAUUGAAUUUCCUUUAUUAUGUCUCACUUUUAACUUCAUUCACAAAAUUUGCACUUUAAGAUCCAGAAACACUAUUGUUUACUCCCUCCCACCACUUACUGACAAAUACAAGCUGCACUGGGAAACCUUGCAAGGUUUGGCUUGGUAGAAUUGAUCCUAUGCUCUCAGUUUGAUAUAGAUUUUAUUUAAAGGACAAAAUAGUACUUUUAGACAAUUCAAGAUUGUCUUUAAAAAUUAUGCCUAAAUUAAUGAUGGUUGUUCUGACUUGAG